AUGGUCGCACCAAAACGUGGAAGAGGCUCAUCAUCCUCUGGCAGAGGUAGAAGGGAACAAAACAAGUCAUCCACACGAGACUCUUCUGAUAUUGUCAUCAGAUCUGAUGGCGGCAAGAGAGAGGUGGUUAAGAAGUCUCUUUCACUCUCUGAAAGAUUCAGUAAAGUCCAUGAAAAGUCAUCCACUGUAAAGGGCAUCACCAAGAAAACUAACACCAACAAGGGCGGAAGAGGUAGAGGCGGAUCAACCAGAGGUAGAGGCGGAAGAGGAGGUGGUCGUAAGAGAGGAGGCAAGAAGGAAGUCAAGAAGCCAAAGACCAAGGAAGAACUAGACAGAGAUAUUGAGAGCCACAUGAAAGCAGAAUCUGAUGAUAACAAUGGUUCUUCAUCUAAGACCGCCGAAGAAAACAACGACUCAUCCGAGCAAUAA